AUGGAUACCGGGGCGUCUGAGACCGAACCGUUGGUAGGUCUGAGCGAGGGCGACGACGUUGGCAGGCACGAGUCGGCGUGGCAGCAUGCGACCGAUGCGAAUCACAACGGCAUCCAUGCACAGGCGAGCUCGGCGCUCAACAUCGAGCGUGAUCCAGCAAGCAUGAACAUGAACGGACAGGACGCAGGCGACGCCAGCCCAGCACAGAGGGGGAUGGCAGAGCAUGACCACGAUGCCGACGACGGCGGCCGUAAUGGCAGCAUGGGCAAUGGCAGCGCCGAUCUCUCGGUCUAUCGAUCGCCCAGUGGACCGCCGUCCGCAUCGGCAUCGCCGAGCCGCAGUGGGCCGACGAUCCUCAUGGCCUCUCGCAAGCAGAACAGCGCAUGCGACGCAUGCCGCAGCCGCAAGGUGCGCUGCAACCGCGACCCGGGCGAGGCCAAGUGCAACCACUGCAAGGCCAAGAACAUCGAGUGCACCACGCUCUACGUCCAGUGGGCGACGUCAUCCUCGAAGCGGCCCGUGAAGCGUGCACGCACUUCGCUGCUCGCUGCUUCGGAAGAAGAGAAGAAAGAGAUCCCCAAACCGCCCGAGAUCGCCGACGCGGCGGUAAACGCCCAAGACCGCUUGCUCAACGCCCUCUUCCAACGAGAUACCGAGUAUGCACCCAUCGACAACCAUGUCUACUACUACAACAUCCUGCCAUGCAACACGCCGCUCUCGGCAAGCGGCUAUACCGUGCGCAACAUCCUCCCUACCGCCUACCUUCCCGGACCAAAACCCGCCGCCAUCACGAAUGCCGAGCUGCAUCUGCUCGAUCGGCAGAGGAGGGAGGACUUUGUCAACGACCUCGUCGAGACGUUCUUCUCCGUGGUGCAUGCGCGGCUGCCACUGCUUAAUCCGCAGACCUUCCGCAAGCGCUACUAUGAGCGCAGCAAGGAACUCGGCGGUCCGCCGUCGGACGUCACGCUCGCCAUUGUCAUCGCAUGGGGCGCCAAGUUCAGCGAGAAUCCGCUCAUCGCGCAGGACCGUGCCGAGAGCGCUGUCGAGCUCCAGAGGGCGCACCAGCAGGCGCAGGCAGCUCUGCUCAAGGGCGAGUCCGAAAAGGCGGAUCAAAUCACGGGCAUCAAGGGCGGCAUCGAGCAGCCCAUCCUCACCGUCCCCGAGGAGCUACGCGACCACGGCCGCAAUCGCAUUGCCGACCACCUCACCUGGCGAGCGCAGGACAUCAUGGACCGUCUCCGCGUGGCGCGUGUCGCCACGCUCGAAAACGCCCAGGCGUGUCUGCUGAUGGAAUCCAUGCUGCUGCAUCCCUCGGUGUACUUCAAUGGCAAUCCUAACAUCGCCGGAACGCCCAUCGCUGCGCCUCACCGCAGCCUGCUCGAAUACACCAAUGGGCAUUGGUACGUGAUCGCGAUCAAGCAUAUGAUCGACCUCGGCAUUCAUUGCAAGGAGAAGGUCAUGACCAUCAAGGACCCAGCGUUGCGCGGCGAGACGCUGUUCGCGUGGUGGCUUGCGUGCAUGGCCGACGCCGCCUCGGCGCUGUACUUCCAACGCCGCUCGCUCAUUUCGGCCGAAGACUACAACAGCGACCCACCGGUCGCAGACGCAGACAACAAGAAGGUGGCGCCACAUCCGCUCGACAGCAUCGACUCGUACCUCGCCUUCUUCGGGUCGAUGCACGACGCCGUCACAUUCCAGGGCAAGGUCUCGGCGAUGCACUUUGCGCCGCGUAGCCACAUCGAAGGCGUGCCCUUCGACAAGGUCGCCGAGGCCGCCGAGCUGCUCAAGAAGUGGCGUGUGGAUCAUCUGGAAAAGGUCGGUGUGCCGCUGCCGCACUGGCCGCCGCAUUGGGACUACAUUGCGGCCGUGAGCGCGUGUACGAGCGAUAUCAACUACCACGCCAACUGGAUCUGCCUCUGGCGACUCGUCGACGAGACGGGUAUCUUGGGCACGGACCGCUCCGACGCAACAUCGCCUAUUCACCAGGACAGGCUCAAGAGGAGGAGUGCGUCGGAGCGCGAAGUGCCGCGUGGAGACGCGCCUGACCCUGACCGGGUGCAGGCCGUGCUCGCCACGAUCCAGGAAGAAGCGCUCAACAGCGCGCUGCGUAUUGCUGGGCUGACCGAAAUCCUGCGCAGCAACCAGUAUCUUCGACUUGACCCGGCGAAUUCGCUGCAGAGUCUCGAGAUGGCGGCGCACAUGCUCAUUCGCUUCCAGCGCUCCGAGGUCGACAUCAUCGUCGCGGGUUUCCGUCAGUACGGCUUGUCGUACGAAGACUGCUUCGACAAGGCCGACGUGAUGGAAGACCUGGCGGCUGCGUACAAUGCGCGCGCGCGCACCGACCCGAGCUUCGUGCCCGGUUCGGCGCUCGGCUUGGCCAUGGAGCGCGAUGCAAGUGCGGACCAGAACGGCAUCCCUGAACUCGCGAUUGCGGCCGCCGCACUGUCGAACGCCGCUGCGUCCGCAGACACCUCGGCCGGGUAUGGCUUCGACCCGCAGCAGUCAGGGCAGGCGCAGGCCGUCGAGGAUCCAGAGCAGAAGCAUGCAGGCGCCGCAACAUUUGAUGCUAUCUUCACCGCGUCCGGCGACGCAGUUGCAAACAGUGCUAUCCACGACGAUCCUACACAGCGCUCCGACGGUAUUGCCGUUCACUCGAAUCAGGGCACGGCAGUCCAUUCCGACCCUACACAACCCGCUUCGCUGUAG